UGUAUAAACAGUGCCUCAAGAAUUCAUUUUGCAGUAGUGGAUGGAACACAGUGCAUUUCUUAAGGUUCUCUCCAGAUGGCUUAUAGAGAGAAAAACAUGUGAAUGGAGAUGCCAGUGUGUGCUGGCACUGCGUCUUAUGGGUAUUUCAGUGGGCGCAUAUUUGGGGGGCUGGGGCACAUUUUGUUUUUUACUUUUAACUUUUUUUUUUUUUUUUUUUUGAAGCUGGGAACUGAUUGCAUGACAUUGCUGGAAGGGGGAGCAGCUUCUGGAAUAUAAAUGUGUGCAUGUGCCGUGUAAAAUUAGUAACCUUUUUAUCACAUGUGCGUAAUGCAGGUGCAGGCAGCCACUGUCUGUGCAGAGAGGAGCUGGCGGGUUUCACCUUUUAUGUCAGGGCUUUUAUUGCGAGGUGUUUGUAUUGCUGCAGUUUGGCCCGGGGGGGGGCAGGUUCUGUCUUGGGUUUAUGUGAGGGACAGACGUGUCGGUGAGCACGCAGCACUCGUCUCCGUCAUCCUCUACGCCAGACCUCCCUCCCCCCUCAGAUUACACACCCCCCACCUCCCCAGCCUAUCACUGACAGGAUAGAGUGAGUGAACAAGCAUUGGCAGUAGAGGAAUAGAGGAGAUGAUGUCACUGCCAGCGCUGCAGACGUGCGCGUCUUAGCGCUCAGAGGCCGGGGGCCCCAGCCGUCCCUCACCCUCUGCGAGGCUCACGGCAGCCGGGCAGAAGGAGAGCGCCUGGCCAGUGCAGAAGCUGGCAGCCCUGCAGCUUAGCAACUUCCAAGAUGCCAGAGUUACCAAUCUUCUGUUUUUUUUUUGUUUGUUUGUUUGUUUUUUUUUACUUUUUCUGCUCGUGAUGAGUAGGUAAAAUAAAGCAGGUGGAGGUGGAUUUAUUCACAGACUUAGUUCAGGUUAGAAGUAAGCUGAUAAGCAGCAUCCACUUAAUGAUUCUGCAGUGUUUAGUCAGUUAUUAGUUUGGCAGCAUGUUAUUGUAGAAAUAGGUACAGAAAUCAGUGGAGGAAAUGACAUGAAUGCUGAGAAGAUUAAUGGAUGAGAGUGUCGGGGCUUCUAACUCGGCCAAAGGGGCGUGAACAGGGGCAAGCAGACAGCAGUGCUCUUGCUUCUUCAUCCGAGCAAAAUGAGGAGUGAUGGGUGUGUGAGCCCCCUCCUGCAGCGCGGCCCAGGGAUGGAGGAACACACACACACAGUGCACAUAUUCAUAUCUUCAUUCAUUUGUGGGCAUAACCCUAAUCCCAAUCAUGACCAGCCCUAACCUUAACAAUAAGUAACAAAACGAACUACAUGACUUUAGGCAUUUUUAGUUUUUUGUUUGCACUCUCAGAUUUUUUAUAAAAUUAUAAAUGGGGCCCAAAAAAUGACACCAAAGGUCAAAAGUUAGAGGUUUUAUCACGUUGUGAGGAAAUUUGGUCCCCACAAUGUAAUAAUUACAAAAAUCUGCACACGUAUACACACACACACACAUACACAAAUGUAUUUUCACCGGCCAAUUUAUUAAGUACACCUUCCUCGUUCCUGGUUGGUUCUCGUUUGCCUUUUGGCUGUGAUACUCAAUACUCAGUUGGUUCUAAGGGGUGCAAAGUGUGCCAAGAAAAUAUCCCCCACGCCGCCUCACUCGUAGCAGCAGCCUGGAUUGUUAUUGUAAGACAGGAUGCAUCCUUGCUUUCAUGUUGUUUAUACCAAAUUAUGACCCUCCCAGCCAAAUGUCACAGCAGAAAUCAAGACUCAUCUGAUCCAUCUACAUUUCCCCAAUCUUCCAUUGUCCAGUUUUGCUAAGCCCAUGCUGUCACGAGAAACAGAACAGAGAGGCUCGGAUCCUGGAUUGCAACCCCACAAAAGGUUUAUUGGUACUCGCCCAACUACAGCACCGAAAGAGACAGGCAGAAAGCAAGGUCGAGGGACAGGCAGAAUGGUCGAAAGCCGGAAGGUCAGUUUUACACGUAGGCAUGGGACACGACCACACGGGGAGGUGGGGACGAGACGUGCCGGGCUCGGCAGGAAGGGCAGGUCAGGUACGGGAACGGGUCUGGAGAGGGAAGGAGAAACAGGUAAGGAACAUACACUGGGCAAACAGAUUAGGUCAGGAGCAAGGGUAAGACGAUAGACUAGAGAGUGCUUGGUAAGGCUCGAGUACAUCGGCGCAAUACUUCGCGUUGGCCAGCUGUGAUCGGGUUGCCUUUAUCCCUCCAGUUAUUAGCCCUAACCUCCCACACCGUGUAGGUCCCGCCUGUGUGGGCGUGACACAUGCCCACCAUAGCUUCAGUUUCCUGUCCUUAGUUGACAGAGUGGUGCUGUAGCCCAUCUGCUUCAAGGUUUGACAUGUGCAUUUCCGAGACAGUCUUCUGCAUAUCUUAGUUGUACUGAGUGGUUAUUUGAGUUACUGUUGCCUUUCUAUCAGCUUUAACCCAUCUGGACAUUCUUCUCUGACCUCUGCCAUCAAUGAGGCAUUUUCACCCAGUGACUUCCACACAUUGACUGUUUUUCGGCCCAUUCUCGGUAAACCUUAUAGAUGGCUAUGUGUGAAAAUCCAAGUAGAUCAGCAGUUUCUGAAGUAUUCAUACCAGCCCAUCUGGCACCAAUAACACUGCCACGUUCAAAGUCACUUAAAACACCUUCCUUCCCCAUUCUACUGUUUCAUAUGAAUAUUACCUGAAGCUGCUGACCAAUUCUGCAUUAUUUUAUACAGUGUGCUGUUGACAUUAUUGGUUGAUCAGCCCCAGAUAGUUUGCUUGUUAAAAUAACUCAAAGCAUUUGAUGGAUCUUUUUCGAAGUUUGCAAAUGCAUUGUAACAAACUGGAACUGGCUAAAGUUUGAAAUGCCUCACCCCAAACUUGAAGCUGCCCCGCACAGUAAUAGCAUCUCAAAGGGGCAGCGCAAACAUUUGAUCUCGACAGCAUAGCCCCUUUCAAACAUGUACUGCUACCCUAAACUUUUCAAUAUAUUACCCUAUAUGUGUAAACGCAAAUAUCCAAAUCAGUCAUACCAGACGUUAAAUGGACUUUUCCCUUUUCGCUCCCUAGUCGUGGUAAUUUCCGACUGACCCCCCCCAUGUGUGAAUGGACCCGGAAAUUGUAUGGAGUGAGUAGGCAUGUCGAUGAUGUUUCUAUCAUGCAACUGGUGCCAAAAGUAAGAAAUCAAGCAAUACAAACAGCCAGAAGAAUCUUAUCAGUAUGGCUGGUGCUGGAAUGAUACAACUGAUUUGAGGAAUGCCAAGAGACUCAGUUGUGUAUUGUUUACAAAUGGGCUGUGUGACUGUAGUGCAGGUGAACAACAAACAUUUUCGAUGAGCUGUAAACAAAUCACCGCCAUUUCAGCAGCAUACUUUUUGCAUCAUGCCCUGCCUCCUGCAUGCUCUAUCCAAGCUCCACCCCUUGUCUAAACCAACCAGCAUAAUAUCUAUUAUGUGCAAAAGCAUCUGACAUGGACAAUCUCUGGUUGUGUGCCACGUGUGUGAAAAGGCAACUCCAGAGCCUUUCUGGACCUGAUUCUCCAGACAAUGUCCAGAGUCCAUGUGUGAAAACAGCUUGUGAUAACUUAGUAAUUAUUUAUCCAGUAUUGGCCAAACUUUACAGAUAUGGUGUAUGAUUUAAGUUCAGAUUUAGAGACAAAUUGCACCACAAUUAAGGCAAUAACACAUACUGACAUUAAAGACAAGGGUGAAUAGAUAAAAAGCUUAACCUUGCGAACAGGACAACUCCAUUAUCACUUUUACCCUUUUACAAAAAAAUAGUAUGGAUGAAAAUCUGACCAGGUCCCAAAUCACCCCAAAACUGGAACUGUGUCCAGGUUCGCCACACAACAGAGACCAAGCCUGCCUGCCUGCUUUUAAGUGUUAUCACAUCUCAGGUCACAAAAAAAACUAGACAAGUAUUAGCAUGAUAUUUACAAAUGUCACCACUCAAACUUUUGGCUUAACCAUCAACUCUCCUCGCUUACCAUCUACCCUACAAUCCCAUCAGCGCACUAUUAAAAGAUAGGAUGAUAUCGAUUGAUUAUUUAGGGAUCGUGAUCUGCAACACGAUUCAAAUUCUUGCAAAUAUAAAGCGUUUAAACACAGCAGUAAUACAAAUACAGUACCAAAUAUAUACAACGUAUAAUAAUGAUAAUAAUCCACAAGUAUGUGGAUAUGUGUAGCAGCAAAAAGUAAAUUCAUUGUUUGUACAUCAAUAAAAGAAAUGUUGCUUUAAAACAUUUCACAAAUGCACACACAUUUUCUCAAUCAGUGACAUUCAUGUGUUGCGCUUGUGGAGGCUGAGACUGCACACACAUUGGGUGGGGGGGGGGAUGUUUUCAUUUGACGAAAUUCACAGAUUGAUUUACUCCUAUGAUUCACCUGGCCAGCACUGUGUGAGCUGUUCAAGGAAAAUUAAUAUCCUUCACAUUUGAGAGUUUUGCCUCAUAGUUUCAGGCCAUGCUAAUUAUUAUGCAUUUAUUUACUGGUUUGAUUGGAGCAAGUAAAUUUACUGCAGUAAAACCCAUAGUAUUUAUGCACUACUCUUCAGCUUCUGGCUUUGCAGUCAGGUUUUCUUUAGACAAGAACACAAGUAACCAAAAUUUUACAUUUAAAUAGUGAAAAUUGAUAGAUUACUACACUAAAUUGUGUGCAGUACAUUGUGCUCAAUAAAAAAAGAAAACUGUCUGGAGCCUCCAGGGCUUCUGUCUGUCUGUACCAAUGUUUCUAAAACCAAUUCUGGGGAAGCCAAAACGGUCUAUGUUUUUGCUCCCUCCCAGGUUCAAACCUUCAUAUCACAACUUGAACUCGGAACAUCUAUAGGCACUUCUACGUGACCCAUCCAGUACUUCUAGGAAUUGUACAGGUUGGUGAGUGAGGGAUGAGUAAGAUGAGUAGAUGUGCGGAGCAGCUGACAGCUCCCAUUUCUUGUUUAUUUUCGUAUUAGUGUAGUUACUUAGCACGUAAAAUUUCUACAAUCAUACUCUGCUUCAUCAGUUGCUGGUUAGUGAUACAUGAGCAUGACAUGCUUCAGCCCGUCCUGCAGGGGGCCCCAGAGGCCCGGCCGCCACCCGCUCUGUGUGACUCGCAGGCCACCUGCCUCCCUGGCAUCUGCUGCUAUGCGUGCCUGUGGCGGGCAGGUCGGUGGAUGUCCCCCGGCAGCUUCCUGGGCUCUGCACCACUCCUCUCGCUUCCUUUUAGUUCACUUUCCCCCUUUCCUUCCAGGCAGCAUGCUGCUUAACCUCCCCCACCACCCCCCUCUUAGUUAUACCCCAAUGUCGCAUUCCCAUUUAAAUGGUGCCGGACACCAUACAUCUAUAGUUUUCUUAAGUGACAUUUGGAAAAUUGUCACACAACAUUUCAAAUAUAUUUCUUUAAGGCUCUUUCCUUAAUGUUUUGCAGUUUUGGUCAACAAUAUAUUGAAAUAGGUGAGUUGAUUAUACAAAGUGCAUGAUGGGAAGGUAUAUGUAAGUGUUGGUAUUGUGCUGAUAGGUGCAUAAACAGGAGCGGUGGCUUGUUUGCAGGCGCCAUGUCCUUUCUGUCCCCUCCUGAGCAGGAUUUGUUUUAAUCAGCUUUGCUUAGACGUUGCUGUGAGCCUACUGAAAAAAGUCGUGUGUAUGGGGGUGCAUAGGGGGGUGUGUGAGGGCUACGACAGGGCCACUGGAUCAGUGCUAUGAUAUGGGAAGGUGUAUAAGGGGGUGUGUGAGAGCAAUGGCAGGGCCACUGGAUCAGCGCUAUGAUAUGGGAAGGUGUAUAAGGGGGUGUGUGAGAGCAAUGGCAGGGCCACUGGAUCAGCGCUAUGAUAUGGGAAGGUGUAUAAGGGGGUGUGUGAGAGCAAUGGCAGGGCCACUGGAUCAGCGCUAUGAUAUGGGAAGGUGUAUAAGGGGGUGUGUGAGAGCAAUGGCAGGGCCACUGGAUCAGCGCUAUGAUAUGGGAAGGUGUAUAAGGGGGUGUGUGAGAGCAAUGGCAGGGCCACUGGAUCAGCGCUAUGAUAUGGGAAGGUGUAUAAGGGGGUGUGUGAGAGCAAUAGCAGGGCCACUGGAUCAGCGCUAUGAUAUGGGAAGGUGUAUAAGGGGGUGUGUGAGAGCAAUGGCAGGGCCACUGGAUCAGCGCUAUGAUAUGGGAAGGUGUAUAAGGGGGUGUGUGAGAGCAAUGGCAGGGCCACUGGAACAGCGCUAUGGUAUAGGAAGGUGUGUAAGGGGGUGUGUGAGAGCAAUGGCAGGGCCACUGGAUCAGCGCUAUGAUAUGGGAAGGUGUAUAAGGGGGUGUGUGAGAGCAAUGGCAGGGCCACUGGAUCAGCGCUAUGGUAUAGGAAGGUGUGUAAGGGGGUGUGUGAGAGCAAUGGCAGGGCCACUAGAUCAGCGCUAUGAUAUGGGAAGGUGUAUAAGGGGGUGUGUGAGAGCAAUAGCAGGGCCACUGGAUCAGCGCUAUGAUAUGGGAAGGUGUAUAAGGGGGUGUGUGAGAGCAAUGGCAGGGCCACUGGAACAGCGCUAUGGUAUAGGAAGGUGUGUAAGGGGGUGUGUGAGAGCAAUGGCAGGGCCACUAGAUCAGCGCUAUGAUAUGGGAAGGUGUAUAAGGGGGUGUGUGAGAGCAAUGGCAGGGCCACUGGAUCAGCGCUAUGAUAUGGGAAGGUGUAUAAGGGGGUGUGUGAGAGCAAUAGCAGGGCCACUGGAUCAGCGCUAUGAUAUGGGAAGGUGUAUAAGGGGGUGUGUGAGAGCAAUAGCAGGGCCACUGGAUCAGCGCUAUGAUAUGGGAAGGUGUAUAAGGGGGUGUGUGAGAGCAAUGGCAGGGCCACUGGAUCAGCGCUGUGACACAGACCGUUUAGGAGCCUGUGCACUUCCUCUUUGUCCACCUACACACUCCCUAUAAUUUCACUGACAAGGAUGCACAUGCUUGCAUUUCAUUUGACACUUUUUAUCUUGUCUGCAACUUACAUUCAUCCUUUUAAGAGCCAUAAAUACAAUCGUAGGGAAAAUGUUAUAAUAUUGCUAUAAUACAUAUAACAGGGGUGGACAAAACAAUGGAAAAGGCACUUAAACUUACUAGCUGAAGUAGCCAAGCCAUAUUGAGUUCAAUGCCACUAGCCCCAUGUGUCAACAAUUGUCUAACAGUCAGCAAUUUGAUGUUUUCAAAGCAACAUUAGUCAACGUACCAAGUCAAUCAUCAAGCUGCAGAUUCAUAAAAACCUACACAAUUUAAUGUGUCAUGGGGAACGUUGUAUACCAAAUACAGAUAAAUUAUAUUAAUGAAGAGGAACAAGGCGCUCAAGCUGAAAUGUGCUGACAAGGGGAGGAGCACAUUUUAUAGGAUGGUUGCUAAACACCACUAAUGUGUGAGUGUAGAGCUGGAUUGGACUGUGAGUUAGGGGAGAGCUGCCAUUCAGAAAGACAGCCUGCUGUGAGUAGCAGAGUGCCUGGAUCACAGAAAAGGGUCUGAGUCACCUUUCAGCCUGGUCCUACAUCUGGAAAGCUUUACAGGAAGACAAAGGAAGACUUUUACCCUCUGGGGUCUAGGGGUAGGGAACACACAUUCGCUCACUGGGGCAUGGUCACACAUUUCAUUCAAUAUCAUAAACUUAAUUCAUUAUUCAAAGUUAAUAUAUUUGUUUUUUCAUUACACUCAUCUUUAUUUUAAUGCACUUUGUAAAUAUGUUAGAUUUAUAUGAAGUUUGUAAUUUGACAUCGAAGUACAGACAUUGCAAAAUGCAGUUUGGAACAUUUGCAGAAGCAUAAAAGAUAAAAGUACAUAGUAAGCAAUGAUGGCAGUUUGUUUUGAUCCCAGAUAUCUGAUCACCGAAGUCUUGACUACAUGAAGAUGACUAAAUGGUGUAGUUGCAACAUUCAGUUAGAUAAUUAAAUAAGAAAAAUCAAACUCGUCACAAUUUCUUUCAUUGAAUAUGAAGCAACUUUCAUGUGUAUGUACUGUAUGAGCCAUUCCCACCUGGCCACACACCCCCCCCCCCCCCCCUUUUAUGGUGCUGAUGGGGAUGUAUCUGGAUCGCAUUUCACUGUUGCGUUGUUCAUCAAAUUACCAUGCGAAUUUGAAUACGUGGAAAUGCGGCUAUUUAUAAUGCGAAUAGCGAUCUUCAGGUGAGGGCGACACUACACAUCUCCGAUGCAGGUAAAACAAAGUAAGGUGACAUGGUUAAAUUUUUUGCCUAUUCAACCUAAUUUUGAAAACUUUGAUACUUAAUACAAUGGACGUUUUGAAAAGAAGACAGGUUACGGAUUUAGUUUUGUUUCUACAAUAAGAUUUCAGCGAGUUAUGAACUAAAAUACACGAGACAGAUGCACAGCAUCGCUGACGAUGCCGUCCACCCCUGAGGGUUAAUGCUCGCCGUCUGCUGGGACAGGCAGCCUUCUCCUGCAGAUCAUUAGGUGCAGUGAUUACCCCGCCUGAUUGUAUGAAGUCCAGGGAGGAUGAGGCCAUCUUGCAGGACCAAGUGCGGCCCUUGCAGACACUCCUCCCAGAUGAUAAUCCCCCAAUGCACUCUGCUAAACAGUUUCCAGAGCAGCUUUAACACCAGGCCGGAGUCAAGCGCUCUCCUACUCACCAGAACCUAAUGUCAGUGACCAUUUAGAGAAGCUCUGGAGCAGAGAGUAGAUGUUCACCUUCCUCAUCCUUCAAAGAACUGGAAGCUUUUCUCCUUGAAUAAUAUGCUCCAAUAUCCAUGUACACACAGGCCAGGUCUCAUAUGACAGCGUUCCGAGAAGGACUGACAUGUAUGGAAGCUGCCUGGCCUCCUCCAAUAUUCAUACUUUGUUUUUCUGUGUUUGCCUGCUCACAUGCUAUGUUACUGUACCCGUGGAGCCUGGAUCACUGCACACUUUCAUUUCUCUGCCCUCCAAAACCAUCAGUUAGUGAGUGACCCAAAGUCCCUCACGCUUCUCAGGGUUACAGUGCAUUUCACCAUGAUAGUUCACCAUUUUUUAUUUUUUUUUUUAA